CGCCUGGAGCCGCCGGGAGUGGACGCCGCCGAGGCCGGGAGUUGCGCCUGCAGGUGCAGCCCAUCAGGGACCCACAGCGCCUGGGAGGAUGGUGCGGAUCUUGGCCAAUGGGGAAAUCGUGCAGGAUGACGACCCCCGAGUGAGGACCACUACCCAGCCACCAAGAGGUAGCACUCCUCGACAGAGCUUCCUCAACAGGGGCCAUGGUGCUCCCCCAGGGGGUCCUGGCCCCCGCCAGCAGCAGGCAGGUGCCAGGCUGGGUGCUGCUCAGUCCCCCUUCAAUGACCUCAACCGGCAGCUGGUGAACAUGGGCUUUCCGCAGUGGCAUCUCGGCAACCAUGCUGUGGAGCCGGUGACCUCCAUCCUGCUCCUCUUCCUGCUCAUGAUGCUUGGUGUUCGUGGCCUCCUCCUGGUGGGCCUUGUCUACCUGGUGUCCCACCUGAGUCAGCGGUGACCUGUGGGGGCUGACGCGGGUGGGCCUGUUGAGAGGGACUUGCUGGGCCUUGGUGUGAGAACACGCAUAUUUGGAGGGGAUCUGGUGGUGCCUUGAAAGUGUGAUCAGAGAGGGGACCACAGGUGUGUGUUUCCCCUUUGUGUUAAGCAUGAGGCAGAGGGAGACGUUAGUCCAGCAUUUCCAAAGUGUGGGUAGAUCCCUUGGCUCCCCUGAGAUAUUUUGAGGUGGUAUGGGGCCUGCAUUAAGUAGCACAAAAUCAGAGCAAGAACGUGAUGCCCUUCCCAGUUGUCUCAAUCCCUUUAUGCCGAGAAAGUCUCAGCUGGAUGCCAACAUGUUCCAAUGCCUGUGGAAGACUUGCUGACGUCUCCUCUGCCUAGGGAGCAGGACUUAGGCUUAGGGCAGGUGGGAAAAAUUCCAGACUUUUAUAGCACUGUUUUUGUUUUAAUGGUAUAUUUUUAUUGGCUACCUAUUGUUUAGGACAGGUGGUACUGGCAUUCUAUUUAUUGUGACAUUUUCAAUAAAUAGAUUUAAGUAAAAAUGA